AUGUUGCAUGAAGCAAGGGACAGGCAGAAGUUUGUCAGUGAUGUUCAGUAUCUUCGGGACAUGCAACAUAAGGUGGACUCUGAAUAUCAGGCUUGUUUGAGACGACAUGAAAGAAAAGAACCAAGUGAGAAGAAACGAGAUCAGUUUUGGGGACAAGACACAAAUGAGAGAUCCUGGCAUUCAAGCAGUUCAUCUUCUAAACAGAGUGCUUAUGAGGAGGAGUCUUUAACUGAACCAAGAUACCCAAAGCUUUCUUCAGCUAAGUGUGAUGCUAGACUUCCAGCAAUUGAUCAAACAUCCGUCAAGCAGAAACAUAAAAAUUCCAUGACCCCAAAGAAACCAGAGAAGGCAGGACCCAGCAAACCCUCUCCAGUGACACAGACACCAAAGAUUUUAUCAAGGAAGAGGAGACCAAAUCUGGGGAGACUGACAGUCAGCCCAGAAAUGUACAGCCCAAGACCAUCUGGGGAGAGAAGCAGACAGAAAUUGCAGCUGCCGACAAAGGUGCCAGCUCUCCUGGGAGCAGGUCCAGUAAUUCAAUCAGAAGGCCCAGUGUUUGCAGGUGAGACAAAGCUGAAGCGACCAAGUCGAGAGAUAAAAAGCGUAGCCACACCACCACCGCUGAUGAGGCUGGUAGAGAAAGCCCCAGAGAGGCCCAAGAAAGGAGAACCCAGUGCCCUUUCCCCAAAGGAUCCCCAUUCAUCCCUAUGUCAGCCCUUCCAAGGCAUGAAGAAUGAGUCUUUGGGGUCACCUGUCAUACCCAGUAGUACCAUGGGAGCAACAAGAAGAGGGACAUCAUUUAGGUUCCGAGAUGAAGACUUUUAUUCUACAUUUUCAAUAAACAUGGUUCCGGAAGAUGAUGACACGGAAGAGGAAAUCCAAGAGGAAGAACAACUUCUGAUGGCUGGUAUGCACUCACCCCAUUCUCCUUCCAACCAGCAAAGAAAUCCAUUCCUCGGGACAUCAACCACCCGAGUCCAAAAUAAUGAUUUUGACAAAAAUGCUGAUAAUAGUCGAGGUAAUUCUUUAAGAAGAAGGGAACCCAAGCUUGGCUCACUCAGAAUAAACAAUACAAUGGAGCCAGUGACAAAGCAGCAAGACUCCAGCCUGUCUGAUGAGGAGCCUACCACAGAUAAUGACAGCGAUGGCAGUGAAGAUGAGAAAAAGACCGAAUCCCAACCCAGUCAAGAAGACGGACUCAAUGCUGAAGAUCCAUAUCCCAAUCGAGGCUCUGUGGAAGCACCUGGAGUCCAUGACUACGAAAGAGAUUGGCAACACUAUUUAAAUGAUUCCAGAAAUUCUUUUGACUGCUUGCUUUCCGGUAGACCCAUAGCUCCAAGAUCAUCAGUGAAUUCCUAUACCACUCCUGGGCCAUUGGUGCAAUCUGCUCUGAUAGAUGACAUGUCAGUAGACAUGUCAGUGUCGUCUAUUUUAGUUCACGGUUCAGAGCUGGAGGAAAACUCAAGAUUCAACGCUCGUCGACCACUGUCCCCUAUUAGAAGUAGGAAUCCAUUUGCCAGCACUGAAAACCACAAUAUUUUUCUGGUAAACACGACCCAUGAAUUUGAUGUCAGGGGAGCAGAGCACAUUACUUUAACAAGCCAACCCCAGGGGGCUUCGUUAUACGCAGAAGAGUUAUUACUAAAUCCUCAAGGCAGUUUGUCCUCAGUGGACAAUCCCAGACCUUCUCGAUCAAGAAUGGACUUACAAGGCCACUUGCACAUGCCUGAGUCCCUGCAAGAAGCUAUACCUUUUACUUUCUUUGCAGUGUCUGAUUUCACAAGUCAAAAUGAUGGUGAGGCCAACAUAGCAGUCUCUGGCUUUACAGAUGAGAAGGGGGAGACUGAGACAAAGGCAGACCCUGAGAAGCUCAAGAAAUUGCAAGAAAGUCUCCUGGAGGAGGACUCUGAGGAGGAAGGAGACUUAUGUCGCAUCUGUCAGAUAGCUGGGGGUUCCCCCACCAACCCGCUCCUGGAGCCCUGCGGCUGUGUGGGAAGCCUACAGUUCGUUCACCAAGAGUGCCUGAAAAAGUGGCUGAAAGUGAAGAUCACAUCAGGAGCUGAUCUAGGCACUGUGAAGACCUGUGAAAUGUGUAAACAAGGCCUAUUGGUCGACCUGGAUGACUUCAACAUGACUGAGUUCUAUCAGAAGCACCAACAAUCCCGGGCACAAAAUGAGCUGAUGAAUUCAGGUUUGUACCUGGUACUGCUACUUCACCUCUAUGAGCAAAGGUUUGCCGAGCUCAUGAGACUCAACUACAGGCGGGUUUCAAGAGAGAGGUUGUCAAGAAAUCACCCACAACCCAGACCGGAAGAAAAUGAAAGUUCCGAGUCUGGAGAUGGAAAUGAGAGCAAUUUUUCAAGCCGGGUCGUCUAGCGAGGGAGC